UUGCUGUCGGCGAUGAACGAGCGCAGGGCGCUCAACCGGCGUCGGUCCGAGUCCGGUGGCAGCGGCCGGCUGCUCAAGAAGCAAGCCGCCAUGUUCCGCCACGAGAGCCUUCUGUCCAGGGUGCCUGAGGACGACAAGGGCGAGCGGCACCGCGCGGGGGCGCGGGCUCGGCGCAGCAUCGUCCAGUUGGCCAGCAUGCUCAAGUGCGUGUCUGGCUGCAACCCACUCAGCUACCGAGGCUACGGCUGCUUCUGCGGCUACAUGGGCGACGGGACGCCCGUCGACCAUAUCGACAGCUGCUGCCUGGAACACGACUGGUGCUACUCGCAGUCCCCGUGCUCCAAGCUGUCCCUGUACCUGCUGCCCUACGACUGGCACUGCCUGACGCCCGGACUGGCGCACUGCGCGCACCCGUCAUCGCUGAGCCCACACGCCCACUGCGGUCAGCAGCUGUGCCAGUGCGACAUAGAGUUCGCCAACUGCGUCAGCCGCUACCCAUGCCCUCGCCGGAGAGCAUCGUGUCAGCACAGCAAGUUCGCUGCGUUCCACGGAUUUCUGCACGGCAAGAAGAGAUAGCAAUUAACGAGCCCUGCCCCUCUCCAUUGGGGGCAGGGUGCCGACCGAUACAACAAUGGACUGCUGUACGCGCGGGGGCCAACGCCCACUGCCCUGCUGGUGCCUCCACAUCUGCGGCCACACAGCCCUACGCCACACAAGAGACGAAAGGUCAAAGGUCGCCGGCCUCCCGGUCAUCCGUCGGCCCGUAGACCUGGCUGGAGGUACAAGAGGCCCCGGCAAGGCUCGACCCCCUGGACUUCCAUGUGGUUCCCGACUUCCCCUUCCGUUGCCGCAAACAAAACGUUCUACGGCAAAUCGCGACCAUACGCCGGUGACAAGAAGGCGCCGGCAGAGCUGCCGGCGAAGACGGAAGACAAGAGGUCCACACAGAUCGCGAUAGUUGAUCCUCGAGAACUGCUCUCCUUACCGGCGAAUAUCAGUGUGGUCCCACCUGUAACGCCGGGGCCGCAGUACGAGUUGCACGUGAGCGAUGCCGUCAGCGCAGACACUGUCACGUUGAAAGGUAAUUCGGAGGAACCGUCCACUGCGUUCCCCGAGACGCUUGUAUCUUCCAGUACAAGCAUCGUGACGUCGAGUGACGUUGGAAGGGACAGUGGCUCAACGGAGUUGACGUCACCGGCUCCACAGAGGCGAACAGCUGUGAGAGAGGCUGCGAGUGACCGUCAGGCGACGUUUAUUAGGAAGAAAGCGCCACUGUACGCCUCUCACUCGCCUGGAACCGGCUUUUUCCUGGAAGCUAAACUAACAAAGUACCCAAAGCGAAGCGCGCAAAACGUACCAACGACGCAGGUGCCCGAGCACAACCAAGACCAUCAGACUUCGAGCGCGACUCCGGUCCUGCCUUCGAAGGACAUCGCAAGUGCACUACCUCAGAUUCAGUCGACAGUUGCGACUCCCACUUCUUUCGAACUUCCUCUCAGUACCACACGACGUGCUGAGCACACAAGUGCGGUGGCUCUCUACACACAGUUCCCUGUUGCCGUACAAAGUUCUGGCGACGUAUCGUCAUCAGAUGAACCAAGACCUGAAGGUCUCUCUGGUAACGCCAGUGAGCAAAUCACUGAGCCUUACGAACAGCCAACGGUGAGAAAGCAACUAGGCGCUCACAGUGCUGAAACAAAGCCUAGUCCACGCUGAAUCACUGUCAGUGACCGUCUGACUUUUCUGAAAUGUGUGAUCGGUUUGCUUGCAGUGGCGUGCACUGGGCGAGGUGUAAUUGACAUUGAGAGGUAAGAACAUGGUGGCUUUUUUGUUCUUAAAUGGACGGUUCACCUUCGAAGACCCGUGUACAAAACUGUAUUUUUUUUUCUGCAGUGAGUGCGUGUUUAUGUUACAUGGCUGAAAAGCAAAACGAGGACCAGUCUACUUGCCAACCUGUGUAUCCUGCACUGUUAUGCGACGCAGACAUUAAUGUCGUACUGUGUUAAUUAUUUUAAUGCUUCACGAGUUGAGUAUAUUUCAUUAUUAAAUGUUACUGAUCCGUUUCA